UAAGCACAUGAUUUGAUGGAGGUGGGGAAAGGGAGGAUAAAUAGCGGCUGGAAAGAAUGCUGGCAACUUCAAAGCAAAAUGAAGUUCUUUCUAUUGCUUUCCGUCAUUGGGUUCUGCUGGGCUCAGUAUGACCCAAAUACCAAAUCCGGACGGACAUCUAUUGUCCAUCUGUUCGAGUGGCGCUGGGUUGACAUUGCUCUUGAAUGUGAGCGAUACUUAGCUCCACAAGGAUUUGGAGGGGUUCAGAUCUCUCCACCCAAUGAAAACAUUGUGGUUCAUAACCCUUCAAGACCUUGGUGGGAAAGGUACCAACCAGUUAGCUACAAGUUAUGCACAAGAUCCGGAAAUGAAGAUGAAUUCAAAGACAUGGUGACUAGAUGUAACAACGUUGGUGUCCGUAUUUAUGUGGAUGCUGUCAUUAAUCAUAUGUGUGGGAAUGCUGCGAGUGCAGGAACGAGCAGUACUUGUGGAAGCUACUUCAACCCUGGGAGUAGAAAUUUUCCAGCAGUCCCGUACUCUGGCUGGGAUUUUAAUGACGGUAAAUGUAAAACUGGAAGUGGAGACAUUGAGAGCUAUAAUGAUCCUUAUCAGGUAAUUAAAGGAAAAAACCCACAGUGAUCUGAAUAAAGAGCU